AUGGCUGCGAAUGUUGCUGGGGCAAGGAGGCCUACUGCUGGUGGAAUGGUCUACGCGAUCAGUGGAACUGAAGCUGAUGAAGACGAUGACUUAGCUUUUGCGAAGAGGUUAAAGAUAGAUGUGUCAAAGUUACCAUUUGACCUGAUAGUAUCUGUCCCUGCUUCUAAGUGUCUAGUAGCUAAGACUGCAUGUUUAGAGUGUCCUUGGACAAACCUAGAUAAGAAGUUUGUAGCAAACUUGAUCUGUUUACCUCUAAAGGGAUUGGAUGUAAUCAUAAGCAUGGAUUGGCUGUCCCACCACCAUGUUCUUCUUGAUUGCACCAAUAAAGUAGUUAUCUUCCCCGAUGCUGGACUCGCCGAGUUCUUGAACUCGUACUUUUCAAACCUUUCUUUGAAAGAAGGAGCUUUGAGAUCCCUUUUGACUACCACCGUGGUCGAUACUAAGGCAAAUGGAGUGCAAGAAACAGAGGUCGUGCGAGACUUCGAAGAUGUAUUUCCGGAGGAUGUGCCUGGAAUACCCCAGUCAGAGACGUAG